CGAAGGUGACGAAGCCGUGAAAUAUAAAGUAUUCGCAGUUUCAUACCAUAGCCCAGUAGGUGGACCAUUCUGUCGUGCUCACCCAAUGCCAAUGGAGUCGGUUGCGGUCGUGGCGGUGCCGUUCCCGGCGCAGGGCCACCUGAACGCGCUGCUGCACCUGUCGCUGCAGCUGGCGGCGCGCGGGGUACCCGUACACUACGCGGCGCCCAUGGAGCACGUCCGCCAGGCCCGGUCGCGCGUUCAAGGCUGGGGCGACGACACCCUCUGCCGCGUACACUUCCACGAGCUCUCCGUCUCCGCGUACGCCUCCCCGCCGCCAGACCCUGCCGCCGAAUCGGCCUUCCCCUCGCACCUCGUGCCCAUGUGGGAGGCCUUCACCACCGACGCGCCCGCCCCGCUCGCGGCGCUCCUCGGCGGGAUCUCCGCCUCCUGCCGCCGCUUCGUCGUCCUGUACGACAUCGCCAACGGGUUCGCCGCCGAAGAGGCCGCGCGGCUGCCCAACGGCGAGGGGUUCGGGCUGGUGUGCACCGCGGUGUCGUGCAUCGUCGGGCGGACGGACGCCGGCAGCCGGCUCGUGCGUGAGCGCGGGCUCGACUUCUUCCCCGUCAACUCCUUUGUGACGGAGGAGUUUCUGGCUACCGUCGGCAAGCGGGCGAGAUGGGCGCAGUCCAUACCGUGCAGCGUCGGCAUCCUCGCCAACACCUGCCGCGCGCUCGAGGGUGAGUUCAUCGAUAUUUUCGCGCAGCAGCUUGCCGCCGCCGGCAAGAACCUCUUUGUCGUCGGCCCCUUGAACCCACUACUGCUGCCGGACGCGAGGUCGCCCAAGCAUGGAAUUAGCAAGGAGCGCCACGAGUGCCUGGACUGGCUCGACCUGCAGCCGCCGGCAUCGGUGGUCUACGUGUCGUUGGGUUCUACGUCGUCGCUGCGAGACGAGCAAGUCGAGGAGCUCGCAUCUGCGCUGCGCGACAGCAAGCAGCGGUUCAUCUGGGUGCUGCGCGACGCCGACCGGGCCAACAUAUUCGCGGACCACGGCGAGAGCCCCCGGCACGCCAAGUUCCUGCCCGAGUUCGCUGAACACACCCAGGACAGGGGGCUGGUGAUCACCGGGUGGGCGCCGCAGCUGGAGAUCCUGGCGCACGGCGCCACGGCGGCGUUCCUGAGCCACUGCGGCUGGAACUCGAUCAUGGAGAGCAUGGGACACGGGAAGCCCAUCCUCGCCUGGCCCAUGCACUCCGACCAGCCAUGGGACGCUGAGCUCGUAUGCAAGCACCACAAGGCGGGCAUCCUGAUCCGCCCGAUGGAGAAGCAAAGGGAGGUGAUUUCGGCAGCGGCCAUACAGGAGGCAAUCGAGAAGAUGAUGGUCUCUGAUGAAGGCUACAAGAUCCAACAGCGCGCAAUGGCGCUGGGCCAAGCUAUCCGUGCGUCAGCAGCAGUAGGCGGUGGGUCAGAGAACAAGGACCUGGAUAAGUUCAUUGCCCACAUCUCAAGGCAUUUAUCGGAGUGAGAAUGGACAUCAAUUUGCUCGACACCCCGGAAAACACACAUGGGCCAGUUCACAAGCAACCACAGCGCUGGAUCUGGCAAUCCCAAUCAACUGUUUCCUUUCACCAUUUAAGAACCGGAAAAAUCAGUUAGCGCCAUCAAAUUUGUACUCAAGUCUUAGGACUAGUUUGGUAAGGAUCACGAGAGUAUCCAUAGGUAAGGAAUCUCCUUGUUCCUCUGAUCUCUUAUCACCAAAUCAGCUUUUACCGACUAGACAUUAACGGAAGCAGUUCAGUGUGGCUCUAGACAAAUGCUUGCAUCUGAAUAUAACAAGACAAACGUUGUAAGA